AUGGGCUGCAAGGAGGUUAUACAGAUCUUGAGUGAUUCUCAGGCGGCACUGAGAGCACUCCAAAAGAGAUCUAACACCCACCCCAUUGUGGCAAAGACUCAUGACACAAUAUAUACAGCUGCUCAAGUGGAUCUUAAUUUCAUAUUCUCAUGGGUUAAGGGCCAUGCGGGCGACGCAGGUAACGAAAUUGCUGAUGAGACAGCCAAAGGCGCUGCCACACAACACAAAACCCCUGACUACGCGAAGUUCCCUAUGAGCUUUGUAAAAAGGACUAUGAGGGAAAAAACUUGGAGAACUUGGCAGACAAGAUAUGAAAGCGCGGAACAAGGAGCGCGCACAAAAGAAUUACUCCCAAAACUGACGGACAUUUGUGCACUAUGGAAAGCAACCAAAGUAUCAUUUCAAUUAACGCAGGCUUUAACAGGUCAUGGCUACCACAAGGAAUAUCUGCAUAGAUUCAAAAUCGCUGCCGAUCCAUUCUGCCCCUGUGACAAUACCACUACUCAAACGUUAACUCAUUUGUUGAGGGAGUGUCCUAGAUUUGAGUAUAAUAGACUAAGACACCAGAUGCUUUGUAGCAAUCUACGUAUAUCACCGUACUGUGUAACGGAACUUUCAAAUAAACAAAGUGCUAUUGAAUCCUUCGUUACAUUUAUUAAUUACAUCAUAGAUAAGCUUAAAGGAUUCAAUAAAUUGUAA